GGAAGGUGACUGCAGGACGCUCCCCUGUUGUCGGUUUCGCGCCACCCCUCAGAUGGACUGUUUUUUAUUAUUUGCUUUUAUGGAGGUCGUAUUGGUCGUAAGCAGUACAUCCGAAGGCCCUAUGGUGACCGAUAAUAGAAAUCUUAUGUCUGACUUUCUCGAUGUCUGCAUGUAUGGUGGGAUCGGAGUCGGGGUACCGGUUGGAAUAGGGGUCGUUAUCGGAGUUAAGGUUCUACGCGGACUUUGGAAUGUUGUUGCGGUUGGGGUCCCCGGUGCGGUUGGGGUCUGGGGCGUGGUCGUAAUCGUGUCAAGAUUCUGUGUGGGGUUGUGGUUCGGGUUUCAGGUGGGGUUUCGGUUAGGGUUUGGCGUGAGGUCUUGGUUAAGGUCCCGCGUGGAGUUGCGGUUGGGGUUUCGGGUGUGGUGGGGGAUGGGGUUGCGGUCUUGGUUUCAGGUGGGGUUGUGGUCGGGGUUAAUUAAGGUUCCGCGUGGAGUUAGGGGUGGGGCUGCUGUUGGGGUCCUUCCGGGUGCGGUAGGGGUGGGGUUGCUGUUGGGGUCUGGGGCGAGGUCGUAAUCGGGGUAAAGAUUCUGCGUGGGAUUGUGGUUCGGGUUUUAGGUGGGUUUCGGUUAGGGUUUGAGGUGGGUUGGGUGGGGUCGUGGUCGGUGUUAAGGUCGUGGUUGGGGUUAAGGUCGUGGUUGGGGUUAAGGUCCCGCGUGGAGUUCGAGUUGACAUCAGCAUACCUAGUUGAGAAAAAAGUUACAUUUUAGAAGCCGCGAUAAAUAUCAACUUGCGUAAAUGUUGUCACAAAUUAUACAAACUUAAAGUCACUCCUCAUAAGUAUCUUGGAGUUCCGAACCGACCGACAUUCAAGAUUUGGGUUCCCACGCAAAUCCACCACACGUAAAUUGGGAAAACGAGACAAAGCUCGGUAUCGUUCACGUAAGCAAUGUCAUUCCUCCUCAGAUUUACCACAACAACCCAAAACAUCUUCCUGCUCACGAGUGCAUGUGCGGUCUUCAACGAAAGACCGCAGCAAUCCAAAACACCAAUAAAACGCUCCUCACGGCAGCGUGUGGCGCCUGCCCCAAGUAAAUUAUUCGAAAGUCACACGUGAAUAAAUGUUUUCGCGGGAAAAUACAGAACAAAGUUUACGGUUAAAAUAUGUUGUUCAAAAUGUUUUUCUUUAUGCCGGUUCGUGUUCGUAAAGUUAUCGUUCGCGUACCAUUGUAUUGAGCACGAAAGUCUUGGUCUUCUGGAUUGUUCGAGACUGGGUAUUUCCAUCUUUCCCCGAAGCUGGGAAUACAAAAUGCUUUCAAAUUUUUGAAUGUUUCCUCGAUGAAGAGCAAGUCAGAUUUUUCAUCGCUGUCAUAAUUGUUGAUGACGCAUCUUUUGCAAGUUCUUUUAACAACAUAGGUGUCACUCGCUUUGCCUCCGCGCAGACGAUAAAAUCCUCCGCUGCAGCUGAGAAAAUUUGACUGGACAUUGUCAAUGAUAAGAUCAUCAAAUGGUGAAUCCGACACUGUCGUUAUGGCUUUAAAUCCGGUCUGUUUUUUGCAGUUUAUUUUUUUUCUUUUGUGUGAUAAAUCCACGCAGACACUUCUGUUUGCUGCAUUGAAAUCCAACAUCUGUGGCACUUUGAAAAAUCGUCCAAUUCGAUCUUCGGCAACCAUGAAUAUAACGUGAUCAUUGGAGGAAAAAAGUAUGUGUCUGGUUUUUUCUGCCACCACAUAAUUGUUUUACUUUAAAGCAAAUUUCAGAAUCAUCAAAAAUACUGAUGUCGUCUCCAUCUCUUUUAACCUUUAAAAACAACAAUAUCAGUAAAAUUGUCAUCAGCAAAAUUGUCAAUGAUGUCACAGCCCUCGAGCAGUACUCGAACAGCAAACCAGCAUCCCUCGAGCGGUACUCGAACAGCAAACCAGCAUCCCUCGAGCGGUACUCGAACAGCAAACCAGCAUCCCUCGAGCGGUACUCGAACAGCAAACCAGCAUCCCUCGAGCGGUACUCGAACAGCAAACCAGCAUCCCUUGAGCAGUACUCGAACAGCAAACCAGCAUCCCUCGAGCGGUACUCGAACAGCAAACCAGCAUCCCUCGAGCGGUACUCGAACAGCAAACCAGCAUCCCUCGAGCGGUACUCGAACAGCAAACCAGCAUCCCUUGAGCAGUACUCGAACAGCAAACCAGCAUCCCUCGAGCGGUACCGGAACAACAAACCAACAUUCUUCAAGCGGUACUCGAACAGCAAACCAAAGUGUGGACCUCGAAUGGAGAGAACAUGCGCUAAAUCCAAAACUCAGUGA